AUGACUGUUCGCAAAUGGUACAUGAAUUUGACAGUUGAGAGAAGACAAUUCGCCAGAAGCAUCAGCUCUAGAAUUUUCAAUGACACCCGCAAUUUGCUUAUCAUUAUCGAUAGAGAGCAGACUGAAAGAGUUCAGACACUUCUUGUGGAAUCCCUGAAAAGAUAUGAAGACAAACUGUCGAUUGUUCCUCCAUCUCGUCGUGAAUGGUCCUGGGUUAGCAGUUUCAAUUUCGCGUAUUCCCUUCUUCUAACCGUUGGUGCUGGUUUCAAAGUUCCCGUUACAAUUGGUUCUCAGAUAUUUGCUAUCUUUUAUUGCCUCAUUGGUAUUCCAUUGUUCUACAGCACCCUCGCUCUCAUAGUUUAUCGUCUCAUUUCGCCGGUUCUCAAAUGGCCAUCGUUGACUCGUUCCCGCCGAUUCGUGCUCAUGCUCGCGGUCUUUGGUCUCUUCAUUCUCUGGACCCUCCUCAUUGGACUUUGUCUCUAUUAUCAGGUCCUCAAUGAUUUCUGGCUCAGCAUCUUCAACGCAUUCACCGGAUCGUUGACUGUACAAAUUCCAAGCCCAGUCCACAUCACCACAUGCGGAGUCCUCUUCCUCAAUUUUGCCGCUACCAUCUCGGUUUCUCUUCUUCUUCUCAUCCUCCUCGUCUCCCUCUCCAUCUUCUUCCCUAAAGAAUUACUUCUCCAAGAGACCGACAAAGCUGUUGAGGAAAAACUUGAGCGUCUGACUCCUCCACCCAAGUUCCAGGUCAUUGUGGAUGAAGCAGGAGAGAGCAAACUCACCACCACCCAAUAA